CGCGAGCUCCGUGCACUCGGUCUGUCUUCAUUCCGCGCGCUGAAAGCCAUCAGCACAAAGGCUGUUUUAAUGUCACGUCGACAAAAACGUUUAUCGGAAUGGAAACGUCGCGCCAACGCCGUCCGGGACGAGUCCUGAUUCUGGCCGCAGCACUUCUGUCACCUGCCUUCACGGUGCUGUGUAAUGACAUCCUCGGUCUGAAGGUGGCAGGAGAGCCAGUGCUGACCCCCAACGCAGUGUGUUUACGGCUGGCAGGCCUGAGUAAGAGGCAGAUGCGGCUGUGUGUGCGCAGCCCUGAUGUCACGGCCUCAGCCCUGCAGGGCAUUCAGGUCGCCAUUCACGAAUGCCAGCACCAGCUCAGAGACCAGCGCUGGAACUGCUCCACGCUGGAGAACCACGGCAAAGUGCCACACCAGAGCGCCAUACUCAACAGGGGUUUCAGAGAAAGUGCCUUCUCCCUGGCUUUGCUGGCCGCAGGUGUGGCUCACUCUGUGGCCUCCGCCUGCAGCCUGGGCAAGCUGCGGGGCUGCGGCUGCGAAGCUAAGCGCCGUCUGGAUGACGACAAAAUCCGGCUGAAACUUACCCAGCUACAGCUGCAGACGCUGCAAAGGAGCGGGGUGAGCAUCGCGGGAGCCAUUGGGCGCACACCUGAAUUCAGCCCCAAUCACAGCAGCCUGCCCACUUACCUGCGCUCUGCCCACCCUACCAGUCUCCUCAAACCCCUGCCUGAUGGGGUCACCUCUCUACAGGAGACAUGGGAGUGGGGGGGCUGCAGUCACGAUGCUCGUUUUGGCGUCCGCUUCUCCAGAGACUGGCUGGACUCCAGAGGGUCAUCUCGAGAUAUACACGCCCGCAUGAAGAUGCACAACAACCGAGUUGGCAGGCAGAUAGUGACUGACAACAUGAAAAGAAAGUGCAAGUGCCAUGGCACCUCCGGCAGCUGCCAGUUCAAGACAUGCUGGUACGUGUCCCCCGAGUUCCGGCUAGUGGGCUCCUUGCUGCGGCAGAAGUUCCUGUCUGCCGUCUUCAUCAACUCCCAGAACAAGAACAAUGGUGUGUUCAACCCGCGAGUGACGUCCGAGCCGGCGGGAGUAGAGCCUGGCAGGGCACGGCGUCGCAGCCUCUCCAGGGAGCUGGUGUACUUUGAGAAGUCGCCCGACUUCUGCGAGCGUGAGCCGUCUGUGGACUCGCCAGGCACGCAGGGCCGCAUCUGCAACAAAAGUAGCCCGGCCAUGGAUGGCUGCGGCUCACUGUGCUGCGGCCGUGGCCACAAUAUCCUGAAGCAGACGCGCAGCGAACGCUGCCACUGCCGCUUCCACUGGUGCUGCUAUGUGCUGUGCGACGAGUGCAGGGUCACCGAGUGGGUCAACGUGUGCAAGUGAGCAGCCACAAGCUUCUCCUGCCCUAUCAGUGGGCCAGAAACUCAUCAGGGGAUGAGUAGGGGGGAGAAAAGACGUUAGCCGUACCCUUUCACGCCAAGUGUGCAUGAGUGUUAGGCUUCCAGUCUUACUCUUCCGCAGCAUCGACUCAGCCACUUCUCCACUCGGCCCCCUCAUCUGGGAUCCAUUUGCUUUGUGUGGCUGUUGUUAUUCUCCCAAUGCCAAGUCAAAGAUUGAGGAGAGGAGUGACUCAUGUCAUUUGUCUUUGUUUCCCCUGUUUGGACUCUUCAGCCAUGAAAAUGCCCCGAACGCCAUCUGUGUUCUUCACAAUAACAAGGCACAACAGCAGGAACAUAUUAUUGCCGAAAAGGCAAAGGCAUACAGUUUGUGUGUACAUUUGGAAAAGUGCGCUUAAUGAACUCGUCCUGCCGUGGCAAAUCUUUUGCGAGUUUUUCUCAACUCCUUUUAGAUGUCAAAACUGAUGCCAUAAGCCAAGCAAUUUCGUAGAGAACUGAAACAGAGGACAGAGGAUGUGCCUUUGCCCAUUGGCUGGAUUUAAUGUAAACCAGGACAUUUGUGAAUGUGAAAAUAGCACGCUGCCUUUUCUAACCUGUGCAGACGAGGACCACAGUGGAGGCUGUGAAAAAAAACGGCUGGAGAAUGCUCCCACGUCCUAUGGGUUCUUUCACAAGUCUGAUUAGAAACAGUCACGUUUAAUCUCAGAUGGAAACUGGUGUGCUGUAUGUGAGACCAAACAUCAUAUACUGCAAUGAAGAAACACUCUUUUGAAAUCUGUAUUCAGUAAACUGCAGUAAUGAUAAUCAAUUUACAAUGACACUGAGACACAUGUAUUUUUGAUUGUGCAAAAGAUGUUUAGUGAAACAGAUGAAUUAUAUUGUUAAAUCAGUUCUCGCUUUGGGAAAUGUGCCAUGUUGCAAUUUUGUGCAGGACCGUCUAUAAAAUGUGCAGGAUGCUUCUUUCUAGGAGCUGUCCUAGUACAUUUACAGAGGCUUUAGAACAAAGAAAGUGUCUGGAGAGCUGAGAUGAGGGCUAAAUUGGCGAAAGAACGUAAGUAUCUUGUGGAAAGUGGCUCGAAGUGGGCAGCAUGGAUGUGGUUUCCUUCGAGACUGACUUUUACAAGAUGGGACGGAACUGAGGAGGGGAAUGAUACCAGUCUUAGUGGGAUCAGCUGUACAAAGUUGACAGUCAGUUUAAGACUGCCGAGGACAGUUCGUACUUGUCUGUGCAUCUGCCACUGAAAGAGGAUCAACUGCUGUGCGCUAACUCAACACAGACGGAGCUAAUGUUGGCAGUGUUGGGUAGAUUACUUAAGAAAUGUAAUCUGGUACUGAUUACAAAUUGUAUGACGAAAAAUGUAAUGAGUAAAGAUGUAAUCUCAUCUGACUGCU